AUGGCCGCGGGUGUUGUAGAGCGAGACAUAAGCGGAGCUCGAAAGGGCCACGACAAACCUGGCCUCCAGCAGGUCAAGCCCGAUCGUUCAAUCUCGAGCAUCAUCAUCAAGAGCUUCGGAUUCGAUACCUAUACGAAUCUUCUUCUCAAUCUGCCGAGCACGGGGCUUCCUGCCAUUGCCAAGGCAGGGCUUCUCAUUGUCAACUAUAUAACCGGAACAGCUGGAUGCGGUGUGUCCUUGCUCUACAGCUGGACCACCGCAAACUUUGCGGGCCACACCAAAAAGGUGACCAUAAGCGCGCUUGUACUCAUAUCCUUCUACAUUGGCCACAUUAUUGGACCAAAGACUUUCCGCGAUGCCGACGCGCUAGACUACAUUCCUGCUAAGUUGACCAUCGUCAUAAUUCUGAGCGUUGGAAUUCUUGCUACCGUUGCCCUUAAUUGGGCCUAUUGGCAUGAGAACAAGAAGCGCGACCGCGAAGAGCCUACCGUUUUGCCGGACGACUUCGAGUUCAUAGAUCUCACCGAUAAGGAGAACAGAAACUUCAGAUACAUCUUGUAA